GUGACUGUGCAAUUUCCUCAUCUCCACCCAUCUUUCCAUAUCAGUUUUAGUCAACAAUAUGGCUUCUCUCGUGGUCAUGUGGAAAGCAGGCUGGAUAAUUGCCACUGAAGCUGGCCCAUGUUUGGACAAACAGCACUGUUCUGACUGUGACGUCACGACGGGACAUUGCCUCACUGAGUGCAACACGGGGUACUUUGAUCAGAAAUGUUUCUCUGUGUGCGAUGGUCAUUGUAACGGUAACCUGUGUAAUCUGUCUGCCGACGGUAGUGGACGGUGCACCGAGGGUUGUGAGCCAGGAUAUGAAGGUAUUGGGUGCCACAUACCAUGUGACAGUCCAGGAGGUAGCUGUACAGCAUGUCCAGGUGGUUGUGAUGGAGGAUAUUGUCAGCUGGGCUCAUCCUGUGUGUCUGGAUGUGUAGACUCCUACUAUGGGACUGGCUGUAAGAAGUGUUCCAGUGAAUGUACGUCAUGCAACAGGUCGACAAGGACGUGUGAUGAGAAAUCAGGUGGAAGCCCGGGACUCCCUGUUGGACUGUCCACAGUAGCGGUCAGUUUCCUCGUGGGGAUCUUCCUGGUCCUGUCCUGGAAGUAUAGACAGCGCUGGAGGCGAAACCGCGUCACCCACACGGAAGCUGAUGUGAGGAACAACGUUGCCGAGAUGGACGACGUCUCUGUUGAUGAGCUGGAAUGGUAUACUGACAUACCAAGGUCGGACACAGUCAUGGCUUAUGAAUCAUCUGGUCGGAACUAUCGAGAUGGAGGUGAAGCUGCUGGUGUAGAGGAUGAUGUUUAUGACGUUGCAGAUGGAGGCGAGCGGCAAUCUCCUGCUGUUAUUGACAAUAUAUACUCCAAGUUAUCACAUGCUUAGAAGUUGAGUAUUUUGGAAAUGUCACUAAUAACCCUGUUUGCAGACU